AUGAAAUCGAUGAUGAUGAUGAUGAGGAUGAUGAUGAUGAUGAUGAUGAAGAAGGGAGAAGAUGUUGAUGAUGAUGAUGAUGAUGAUGAUGAUGAUGAUGAUGAUGAUGAUGAUGGAGAGGGGGAUGAUCUGGCAAGUGAAAUGCCACAAUCAUUAAAAGACUGGGAACAAAGUGAUGAUGAUGAUGAGGAUGAGGAUGAGGAUGAUAAUGAUGAUGUGAAGUUGAAUGUAAAAGUAAAACCAAAGGUGUCAAAAGUCAAACCUUCCAGAACAUUACAAGUUGACCUUCCAUACACAAUCGAAGCUCCAAAAACCAUGGAAGAAUUGUCAUCAUUGUUGGAUAAUCGAUCCGAUGAUGACAUCAUCGAAGCAAUUAGACGAAUUCGUGCAUUUAAUGCAAUCAAAGUGGCUGCAGAAAAUCGAAAAAAAAUCCAAGUAUUUUAUGGCCUCCUACUGCAGUAUUUUUCAGUUUCAGCAAAUAAAAAGCCAUUAAAUUUUAAAUUAUUAAAUUUACUUGUGAAGCCAUUAAUGGAAAUGAGCAUAGAAAUCCCAUACUUUGCUGCUAUAUGUGCUCGUCAAAGACUACUUAGAACUCGAUCACUUUUUGCAGAAGAUAUAAAAAAUUCAGAAAAAAGCAGUUGGCCUUCAAUAAAAACAUUAUUCCUCUUGAGGCUAUGGUCUAUGAUAUUUCCUUGCUCAGAUUUUCGGCAUGUUGUUAUGACUCCUGCAAUAUUGUUAAUGUGUGAAUAUUUGACACGUUGUCCUAUUCUUACUGGACGUGACGUGGCAAUUGGCUCCUUUUUGUGUUCUAUGCUUCUUUUUGUCUGUAAGCAGUCAAAAAAGUUGUGCCCUGAAGCUUUAGUGUUUCUUCGGACUUUAUUAAUGGCAGCUUUAGACAAAAAGCCUGAACAAUCUCAAGACUCUGAGUUUUAUCACUUAAUGGAAUUAAAAUCACCAAAGCCUCUGCUAUCCAUAAAUGGCACUGUAGAUGAAAUAAAACCUCUCGAUUUCAUUACUUUAAUCAACUCACCAGAUGACUCCCCUUAUUUCACCUCAAAUAAUUUCAGGGCGAGUAUGCUAGUGGCAGUAAUAGAUAACAUACAAGGAUACACAAACAUUUACCAAGAAUUCAAAUCAUUCCCGGAAAUAUUCCUACCAAUUUCCAAAUUACUAAAAGAAGUAUCAUCAUCCCAUGGUCAACAUGAGACGAAAGCAAACGAACAUUACGUGUCGCGUCGACCUUUACAAAUGCGGAAACAAAAACCGGUUCCUAUUAAAUUACUCAAUCCAAAGUUUGAAGAAAAUUUUGUGAGUAAUAGGGAUUAUGAUCCGGAUAGACAAAGGGCUGAAGAUAGGAAGCUGAAGAAGCUUGUGAAGAGGGAAGCAAAAGGGCUGCACGUGAGUUGAGAAAAGAUAAUUACUUUUUGGCUGAAGUGAAGGCAAGAGAUAUGGCACGUGUGGAGGAAGAAAGGGCUAAGGAGUAUGGAAGAACAAGAGCUUUUCUUCAAGAACAAGAACAUGCUUUUAAAUCGGGGCAACUUGGGAAGGGAAAGAAAAGAAGGAGGUGAAGUUUGGGUGUAUUUUGAGAAAUAUGAUGUGGCAAAUAUGUUACAUGUGAUGAAUUUUUUGGUAGUUUUGAUGUGGUAAAGAUGUAAUAUGUGUAUUCUUUUUGGGUAAUGUGAGUUGAGCGUAGUUUUUUGUAGGCAAAAAAGGAAAUGUUAUAUUGGCUACUCGUAAUUUUUAACAUGAUUUUAAGUUACAAAUUAAUUGAUUA